AUGGCGAAGAUGUUUUCGCAUCUGUCCGUCGCAGACCGGUGCUCCGUGUCGCUCGUGUGUCGCCUGUGGUUUCGCUACGAGCGACUGCUGCCGCAUUACAUGCAGAGCGAGGUCAGCGCGGCGGAACUCCGCUUCGUGCUGCGCCGCUUCCCCCUCAUCCGCACACUGCGCAUCCGCUUCUUCGGCCCCACCGUGCUUCCCGGGGCUCCGCAGGAGCAGCGCGCGGAGGACCGCCACCACAAGCGCCCGGGCGGGGGGAGAGUGCGGGCAGGGGGAGUAACAGGGGCUGGGGACGGCGGAACAGAAUCAGCGGGAGUCGGAAGGGCCGGGGGAGGCGGAACAGCGGCCACUGUUACUAGGGGAGGAGGAACGCAGCACCAACCUCAAGCCGCCGCGGCGCCGGCCUCUCCUGCCCCCGUCCCCGCCUUUCCUAUCAGCGACGCGGAUGUUCUCGACGGGUCAGCCAUUGUGCGGCUUCUCUCGCUCAACACGCCCUUGCAGAUUCAGCAGGUUGCCGGCACGCAGGUGGAAUACCUCUCCAUCUGUAACUGCGGCGAGUUCGAGGUUCACCAGGGGUUGAGAACGUACAUGUGCGACACGAUCACCGCGUGGGGACGCAGCAUUCGUCACAUCGAGAUGCACGACCCGAUGCCGUUAGCGGACGAGUUUUGGAAGUGCGUGGAAGGGCACCCGAUGCUUAGCAAAGUGACGGUGUAUAAGUGCACGCACUUAACGGACCAGUUUCUGCGCCACGUGGCGCGGUGCGGCGCGCUGAAGGAGCUGUCGAUCGCCAGCUGUCCGAACGUGAGUGGCGGCGGGUUUGCUGAGCUGGCGGAAAAAUGCACCGGAUUGGAGGAGCUGGUUUUGGAAGAUCUGAGCCUGUCCGUUGUGGCAAAGAAAGCGCGCCGUGCUCCUGGCACAGGGCGGGCGCGCGGACGAGGGGCGGGGGAAGGAGCUGGGAGAGGAGAAGGGGAAGGGAGAGCAGAAGGGAGUGUAGGGUUAGAUGGGAGAGCGGCGGAAGGGGAAGAGGAAGGGAUACGGAGAGGGGAAGCAGAAUGGGGAGGGCGCGCGGCAGGGGAGGAUGUGCGCGUGGGCGAGGGGGGAGGAGAGGCGGAGAGAGGGGCUGGCGGCAUGGAGGGUGGGGAUGGGGCGGUGAGAGUGAGGGGAGAGGUAGAGGCAGCAGAGGCGCAAGCGGGAGCAGAGGGGACGGCAGCAGCAACAGCUUCAACAGGACGGGGAGGCAGUCUUGCGACAUCCUUCCUCAACCUCUCCUCUUUAAAACUCAUCAACUGCGCGCUCGAUGCUCAUUGGCUGGAAAUGUUUGCCAGGCAGCUGCCCGCCCUGCGCAGGCUGACCGUCAUGGCCUGCCCGGACCCGCUCGACCGUUUUUUUCUGACAGCUGCCCGAACAGCUGCCCGGCUGGAGAGUGUAGAAAUAGUGGACUGCGAGGGUGUGAGUGACAGAGGCAUCGUGGCUCUCCUGAAAGGCUACCCGACAAUCAACUCCCUGACUCUGAGUGGGUGCGAGGGGGGGAGUGGAGGCGGAGGAGAGGGAGGGGAAGGGGGUUUGGAAGGAGAUGUGGGAGGAACGGGUGGGGGUGGUAGCAGCAGUAGAGCAGCGAGGGUGACGGAUGAGAGUCUGAGGGCGGUGGUGGUGCAUGGAGUGGGGUUGCGAUCGCUGCAGCUCAACUGGAGCCCCGGCUUCACUGGCCACCAGCUCACGAGAGACGUGCUGGAUGCAAAACGGUGGGUACAGUCACACCGGCUACAGUCACACGUGCUGCCGCUGCUGCAGCUGGGGUGGAGUGGGCUGGAGAGGCUGCAGCUGGAGGGGUUGGAUGGGCUCUCCGAUUCCUUCCUGCUGCUCGCUGCUGCCACCUGCCCCCGCCUCUCCACACUCGCUGUGGAGUAUUGCAGCGGUAGUUAG